AUGCCCUUCAUACCAAAUACCCCCGAGUCCUCGUUCGACCGCUCAGACUCCCUCGAUCCCAACGCGACAUGCCGCGGCAUAACCACAUCUGGCAGACCAUGCCGACGAGCGAUCCCAAACGCCCAACCUAGCCCAUCACGGCAUGGCAAGCGACGGCCCCAGACCCCGGACCUUCGCGACGAGAACCACAAGGAGCAGGCAAGCAUGUCGGCGCACUCGAGUCCUGGUCCGCGUGGAACUGCUACACCCAUCCUCCAACACCAGCGCACGAGCUUGGACACGCUCGCUGACCGCCUCGGACUGAUCGACUUGCAAGAUAAGAAGAAGCUCAAGUCGCGCAAGAGCCAACGGCAGGAUUCUGGCCACCGACCUUCGAAGCCCCAGAAGCAGAAGGCCUCGUUUUGUUGCUGCUUUGGUACCGUCGAGGAGCCCUCCAAGCCUGCUGUUCCCGUCCGGCCGCAGCCUCGACCGGUCCAAAAGCACUCAGCCUCUGUCCCCUCUGCACAGAAGAAAUCCAAGAGCUCCCGCAAGUCGGGGGCAUCCUUCGUCGGUCAAGCGAAGGACCUUAUAUCCGAUGAUCUCGAUCCCACGACCGCCUCUGCGCUCAUGACAGAGCUUGCCCGCCCGUACGUCGACUCCGAGGAAGCUGGCUACAUCUACAUGUUCUGGCUCACACCCACCUCUUCGUCGAGGUCCAUGGCAGUCCCCGGAGACGCAGCCCGUGACCUGCUCGCUCCCCCGUCCCCGACACCUCGAUCUCGACGAGCCAGCGACGUGGUAUACUCGUACGCGGACAAGAACGAAUCCAAGGCAGGUCCUGGCGCAGGCGGGAAGCCCAUGGUGCUCAAGAUAGGCCGGGCGGCCAACGUUCACCGCCGGAUGGUCCAGUGGCAGCGGCAGUGCGGCCGCGACGUCGAGGUGCUGCGGUACUACCCGUACUCGCCCUCAGCCUCAGGCAGCGUAACGUCGCCGCGCCCCACGCCGCACGCGCACCGGGUCGAACGUCUCAUCCACAUCGAGCUGGCGGGGAUGGGGCUGCGAGCUGAUCUAGGGGUGUGUGAUGCGUGUGGGCGUGAGCACCGCGAGUGGUUCCAGGUGGAGGCGACACGCGCCGCGGUCAGGAAGGUGGACGGCAUCAUUCGGAAGUUUGUGGAAUGGGAUGAACGAAACGUAUAA